UAUGACCUCGCCCCACUUGGGGAUCAUAUUUCUGGGAUAAAUAACCAACGACAUGACGUCUGCCAAUGGAACCCUGAUCAAAAGCUGACACGCCACCUUUGAAUAUCAUAAAUAAAGCCAUAAAGACGAGGGCUCACUCGGGUUGUAAAAGCAGAGACCAACCCACACAGCAGCUUCGCACUGUUGACUUUUCCUUUUUUUUUUGGUGUGUGCCCGGGACGCAGAGCUGAGCAGAGGACACGCCGAGUCCAAGACGGGGGAAACUAUGGGGAAAUAUUUAUUUUUCCUGGUUUUAGUCCUCUGUCUAAGUGCCACGGUCCAGAAAAAAGGCAAAAAGAAAUUCAGAGCGCCUAAGAACGCCUCCGAGGUUGUGGGGCCCAGAACCUUCAAAGGCCACCUGGUGGCACAAAGCCGGGUCUCUCUGAACCGGACCCCAGCUCCCGGUUCGCCGCUCCCCCCUCCGAAGCUGCGGUUGCUAAGCAACAGCACAGCGGGGUACCUGGACGGCCCCCUGAGCACCGAGGUCCUCCCCAUGGUCUACAUGCUGGUCAUUGUGGUGGGCGUGCCCGCCAACGUCGCCAUCCUGACCGCGUUGGCCGCCAAAGUCCGCCAGGUGUCCUCGGCCAUCCUCUACAGCAGCCUGGCCGUCUCCGACCUCCUCCUCCUCGUCUCGCUCUUCUUCAAGGCCCACUACCAUCUCCACGGCAACCACUGGGUGCUGGGGGAGGCGGCCUGCCGGGUGGUGACGGCCUGUUUCUACGGCAACCUCUACUGCUCGGCGCACACGCUGGCCUGCAUCAGCAUCCAGCGCUACCUGGCCGUGGCGCACCCCUUCGUGUACAAGCGUCUCCCCAAAAAGUGCUACGCCGCCUGGACCACCUUGACCGUGUGGGCGGUGUUCGGCGCCGCCGUCCUGCCGGAGCUGCUGGUGCGGCAGAGCUUCUGGAUCCCCGAGCUGGGCCGCACCACCUGCCACGACGUGCUGCCCCUGGACCUGGGCUCCCACGUCUUCCUGCUCUACUACAACCUCUUCCUCACCUUAGUGGGUCUCCUGGGACCGCUCGGGGUGACGGUUCUGUGCUACGGCCGCAUCAUGUGCGAGCUGCAGCGCUCGCACCUGGACUGGGCCGCCUACAUGAAGGCCAGCUCGCUGGUCUUCGCCAUCUUCCUGGUGUGCUUCACCCCCGCUGGGGUGGUGCAUUUCCUCCACUACGUGCAGCUCUUUGUGGACGGGACCGAGGGCUCGUACGCCGUCUUCAACGUGGCCGCGUGCCUGUGCUGCGUGCACGCCUGCCUGGACCCCUUCCUCUUCCUGCUCAUGUCCAGAUCCACAGGAUCCAGUUUAUACUCCGAUGCGUCCAAGCCCACAAGGUUGAGCGUGUCUUCUUGAAAAAACAUUUGACUCAACUGGAGGACAAGUGGGUAUCUUGCCAACUUCCUGGGCUUGUCUUUUUGGGACCUGGCUCUGCCUUCCCGGGGUAUUUAGAAAGAUGUCCUGGGCAUGACGUUAAAGUGCAUCCGGCAGUGGAGGCUCCUCUAUGGGGUCUUGGGGCACUAGGAGGUUAACCCCUUUACUACUGUUACCCCAGGUGGCCCUUGGCAAAGGCCUAGUACCUGACUGCCCCCUAGCCAGGGAUACGGUGAAGACCUCAACGGCGGAGCAGGCGGAAGACGGUAGAUGUAAGAACUACCACAACGGUUGCGAUGGCGGAAGAAGGCACCCUCACAUCCAUGUGGGCCCAGUUAUGGGGAAAUAACAACCCAAGACCUCAACGGUGGAACAGGCGGAGGAUGAUUGCUAACCCUAUGGAGCGUCACAACGGCUGGGAUGGCGGAUGAAGGCUGAAGCAGAAAAGGGUCUCCAGCCGUCUUGGACUCCAUGCCACUGGACCCUGACCCGGAUUUGCCAAGGAUCGUGUGGUGACUGUCUGUGCACCAGUCUCCCCACGUUAAACUAAGUCACGCACAGGCAUACCUAUGGAUACUAAAGGGAUACUAUUGUCACUUGCGGUCCUUAAUCUUUUCCACUGAAGGCCUGAUACUGAAAAACCAAAGGAUUUAGGGACACAUUUUAAAUUCAAUUUCAUAUAUAACAUACCAAUGAGAGCUGAAGAUCAGGAUCUUCAGCUCUCAUUGGAUCGGUUCGCAGACGAGUGUGAAGCGACUGGGAUGAGAAUCAGCACCUCCAAGUCCGAGUCCAUGGUUCUCGCUCGGGAAAGGGUGGAGUGCCAUCUCCAGGUUAGAGAGGAGAUCUUUCCCCAAGUGGAGGAGUUCAAGUACCUAGGAGUCUUGUUCACGAGUGAGGGAAGAGUGGAUGGUGAGAUCGACAAACGGAUCGGUGCGGCGUCUUCAGUAAUGCGGACGCUGUAUCGAUCCGUUGUGGUGAAGAAGGACCUGAGCCGGAAGGCAAAGCUCUCAAUUUUCCCAUCCUCACCUAUGGUCAUGAGCUUUGGGUUAUGACCGAAAGGACAAGAUCACAGGUACAAGUGGCCGAAAUGAGUUUCCUCCGCCGGGUGGUGGGGCUCUCCCUUAGAGAUAGGGUGAGAAGCUCUGUCAUCCGGGAGGAGCUCAAAGUAAAGCCACUGCUCCUCCACAUGGAGAGGAGCCAGAUGAGGUGGUUCGGGCAUCUGCUCAGGAUGCCACCCGAACGCCUCCCUAGGGAGGUGUUUGGGGCACGUCCGACCGGUAGGAGACCACGGGGAAGACCCAGGACACGUUGGGAAGACUAUUUCUCCCGGUUGGCCUGGGAACGCCUCGGGAUCCCCCGGGAGGAGCUGGACGAAGUGGCUGGGGAGAGGGAAGUCUGGGCUUCCCUGCUUAGGCUGCUGCCCCCGCGACCCGUCCUCGGAUAAUCAGAAGAAAAUGGAUGGAUAUAAUAUGCUGUAUUUUUCGGACUAUAAGGCGCAAUUAAAAUCAUUUUAUUUUCUCAAAAAUCGGCUAAUGUACGGAAUAAUUCUAGUUGUGCUUACCGACCUCGAAGCUAUUUUAUUUUGUACAUGGUGUAAUAGUAAGUGUGACCAGUAGAUGGCAGUCACACAUAAGAGAUACGUGUAGACUGCAAUAUGACGCCAGUAAACAACGGCAAAACUUUAGAUGUUCCAUUGAAAAUAUAGAACAUUACACACGGCGCUCAAAAAUCCGUCAAAAUGUUUUAGUACGACUUUGAAGCCGCACCGCUUGAUGGAUUGUCGGCCCAUUACGGCUACCGUAGUCCGAGAUACAAGUAUUAUUAUGGUGUGUGUAUAAGGACCGCAAAAUGGCACCCAUUAGGAGACAUAUUAUCUGGCGUUUAGUUUUGCAAUAUUAUGCAAAAGCAACUUUUCUUACCUUCUGGUACUUACUGAUGUGUUUUUGGGAUCUGCAUAAGUCCUGAAAAUUUGCGCACGUCCACCAUUGUCGUCCGUGGCGACACCAUAGUCGAUAAGCUUCUUCUUUUUCACUAUUUUCUUGUUAUGGGGCAUUUGUAAUAUAAAGUAGCGUAAAGUUAUUACUUAUAUCUGUCAGUAAACUCGCCAUGAAAGCACUAAAACAUACCGGUGUAGUGACUUUACAUUAUUCACCCAAGGAACUUUAGUUAUUAGAGAGUUCCGGUCAGACGCUUUUUCCACGGUACAUAUUUCCGGCGUUGUUGUUGCACUAGUGAACCACGGAUGAGGAGAUGCUGAUUCGUUAUUGGUGGAGGUAAAGUCUGAAUGUCAUUAAGACAGUUAGCGCCAUCUUUUAACACUUCUUCCACACCCGUCCUUGCACGCUACACCGCUACAACAAAGAUGACGGGGAGAAGACGCUGUCGAAGGUGAGCCACGUAAAUAAGACCGCCCACAAAACGGCGCCUCCUGAAGCGACUGUCGGAAAGUUGAUAAUAGAUUUUAAUAAUAGAUUUUAUUUGUAAAAGCACUUUACAUUGCGCAAACAACCUCAAAGUGCUACAGUGCAUUAAAAUAAAAAAUAAAAACAAUUAAUAAAUAAUAAUAAAUAAAUAAAAUAAAAAUAAAAACUAGAACAGCCUAAUAGCUAGAACUAGCACACAUUUAUCUAAUAUCUAAAAAAAGGCUUAAAAAAAAAAAAAGGGGUUUUAAGCCUUUUUUAAAAGCAUCCACAGUCUGUGGUGCCCUCAGGUGGUCAGGGAGAGCGUUCCACAGACCGGGAGCGGUGGAGCAGAAAGCCCUGUCUCCCAUUGUUUGAUCUGUGAAACAUCUAUGCAACAUUUUGAGCAAAGAACCACCAUUACAUGUUAUGUAGACCACAAGGAAGUCUUUUACAUUCACAAAAUAAUCAUGAUAAUAUGACCCCUUUAAUGCGUUUUAUGUAUGAAAAUAGACCUCAAUAGACCCACUUAUAAUCCGGUGCGCCUUAUAGUCCAGAAAAUAUGGUAAUCCAGGGUUGUCCAGACUUUUUCCGCACACUGGAAAUGUUUUGAUAUUUUUUUAUAAAAAAAUUAAUAAAAAUACAAUAUAUAUAUAUAUUUUUUUAACCCUUAGGAUUUUCCUCAAAUUUGGUCCUGGGGGCGAGGGAAGGUUCUCGGUUAUAAAAUUAUAUACUUUUUUUUCAACGCUUAAAUUGUAGAUGACCUUCAGAUUUAUCUUUUGGUAUAAAGUUUUUAAUAUUCCCCCCUAAAUGUUUCCAAGUGUAAUAUUUUAUGCAAAGUAAUUGGAGCCUUGUUAAUAAUACAACAUUGAUUUUGAUUCAUUGUUUAGUUUUGAACAAUGACAGUUUUGUUUUAAAAAAAUACAUAAAAAAAUCACGCUAAAAUUCUCAGGGAUGCAAAAGGGCAAUCGUAAAAGUGUUAAAAAUAAGUCAUGCAUUUCUAUUUUCUUACUUUCAAUGCUUAAAUCUCUAAAUCAAGGUCAGGUCAACCCAUCGAUAAUAUGUUUUUAUUUGAUGUUACGGGAAACUUUGCUUUUUAUGGCAAAAUUUUACCCCCCAAAAAAUAUUUCAAAGUGGAAUAUUUUAUUGUGAAGUAACUGGAGCCUUGAACAAGUCAACAAUUCACAGCAGCACUUUUUGAUUCAUUAUUAUUUUUUAAACAGCCUGCAUAGCAGCUUUGUGUUAUUAGAGUCAACAUUGCAACUUUUUCUCCUUACAUUUCACCUGUUGGCUCUUUUAUUCCACUUUUUUUACGCUUAUUUUUGUGAUAGUACUUGUAUAAUGUGCUGCGGCCAUUAAAAAAUAAGCUUAAAUGUUAUGAUUAAAUGUAUCUGUAUUUUUUUUGGUACAAAAACCGGCAUAUCUAGCAGGCUUUUAGUUCAUCAAAGCUUUAUUUUAAACAUUGUAGCAAAGCCUACUUCUUUUGUCAUUUACAAAGCUGUGCUAAAAUGAAUGUAGUGAGUUGACAGUAUUGCCUGCGAUAUUAGGCCAAACUAACACAAAAAAGUUGCUUUAAAAGUGUGUUUACUUUUUGUUUUGUAUGCUGUGCACUGAUACAACUAAUAAAUGAAAGUCUUAACAUGUUAAUUAUCAAUUAACGUGAUUUAUUUUGCUGUGUCUGCUGGCUUCAGAUGCUUUAUGUUGUCAUUGAACGUUUAUUAUUUGAAUAAAGUCUUAAUUGUC